AGUGGAAUUUGCGCUUGUGGAAAUUAUCGAGUGAUCGGAGAUGAAAAAGAAGACCCAAAAUUUUGUGAACAAUGUGGAGUUGAAUUUGUUGAUUCUCGGAUACGAAGAUAUCAAAUGGGAUACAUAAAACUGACAUGUCCUGUAACUCAUGUAUGGUAUUUGAAAUGUCUUCCUAGUUAUAUUGUGAAUCUUUUAGAUAAACCUCUUAAAGAAUUAGAAGGCCUAGUAUACUGCGAUAUUAAGAAUGAUAAACUCUCAUCCCCUUCAAUCAAUUUGGGAUGCCCUCGAUCUGACAUGUCUCUUUUCUUUAAAGGAGUAACAUGA